AGAUGUUGGAGCUAAUGAAGGGUGAUUUUGAUGAAGAUGAAAAUGGGAUUGGAUUGAGUUUAAGCUUAUCAAUUGGAGGAAAUUACACAAAGAAAAAUGAUCAAGUUUUCAAUUCAGAUGAUAAGAUGUUAAUAGAGUGGCAAAGGUCAAAAAAGAGGGUCUUACAUAGAGAAAUGAUAGAGAAUGAAGAAUUAAUUAGGAGAAAAAGCAAAAUUAGUACUUCUGGCAAUGGUGUAAAAAGCUUGAAUCUUUUUACGAAUCAAGAUUCAUGUGUAAAUGAUCACAAUCUUGUAGUUCCAAUUUGCGAUCAUCGGAAUGUUGGGAAAAGGGAAUCGAUGAGGAAAAAUUGUGGAGGUUUUAGAAUUUAUAACGCGAAUACGAGUUAUUAUCAAUGUAGAAGUAGUGAGUCGAAUGGAUCUAUGGAGAGAUGUUCUUCUACAAUUACAGAAUGCCAAAGUUCGUCUCCUAAAGGUAAUCUAUUUAAUUUGAAGUUUCUUACUAAUAUCUGCAUAACUCUAACCAGCUAUCACACGAACAGGUAA